AGGAAGUGUAAUUUUACCAUGGAGUUGGGAGCAUGAAGUCAGUCGAGAGCUUUGCGUUAUAUGAAAAAUGAUUAAAUACUAUGAUUGAUACAGUAUAUAACAGUGUAUAAUACAUUCAUGGCCAUACCAGCGCGUUUUUUAUUUAAUAUUUACAUUUUAGUUAAUUUACACCACGAAGUCAUGCUAAGUUAGCUAGCACUUUUGUUUUGUUUGCACCGUGGUUGUAAAUUACAGACAGUGAGUGGACACAUUAACAACCGUGACUUCAUACAAAGCUAACGUUGACAGAUAUAACUGAUGGUAAACGUGUAGCUGAGUAAUGUGCUGGAUAAGGGAGAGACGGAAAGAAUAACUUAGAUUACCUCUCAUGAUCUUGUGCUACAGCUCAUGGGUUCUCUGCAGUUAACUCCUUCCUGACUGCUCUUUUCGUGCUCACUGGCAGUCAUCAAAGAAGAGAAACCAAGAAUGGAAGAUACAGAGAAAUCAAAGCUUGAGGAGAUGCUGAUGUGCCCAGUGUGUCAGGAUGUCUUUAAGGAUCCCCGGCAGCUGCCCUGUGGACACAGCAUGUGUAUGAGCUGUCUGGAAAACAUAAUGGAUCACUCCUUGGAUGUUCCCUUCCGCUGUCCAGACUGUAGGGCACAUUUUGGCACAGUUGUCGGGUUACAAAAGAACUAUGCGCUUGCCAACAUCGUAGAUGACUUCAGGGCAAACAGGAAGCGGAGGGCAGAGCAGUCAAAAAGUGUGUACUGCGACUACUGCUUGGAGAAGAAAACUCUGGCCAUCAAAAUGUGUCUAAAGUGUGAAGUGUCCAUGUGCCAAGAGCAUGUCAACGACCACCUGGAGCUGCCGGUGUUCACAGGACACCCUUUGGUCAGACCUCUGGGUGACCUCCAAGAGAGGAAAUGCCCACAGCAUGAGGACGAGGUGCUGAGGUACUACUGCAACACAUCCAGGCGCUACAUCUGCAACGUGUGUUCCCUGGAGAGCAAGCAGCACACCCUGGCCACUGAGGCCUCCACUGUCCUGCGGAGACAGCUGACUGAGUACAUGGACCAACGCUUCAACAUGCUCAGCAAGCAAAUUGGAGAAUCCAAUCAAUCAGUAAAAAAACUGCAAGAAAACAUCCAACGUGAAAAACAGAAAGUGAACCCUGCCGACUCAACCCUCAACAGUGUCACAGUGGUGCUGCUCUGUCUGUGGUUCAUUGUUCUGUAUUAUGCCUACAACUACUCUGUGGAAAACCAGAUGCUGACAGAAGCACUGGACAAGCAGCAGAACCGCGUGCAUCACAUUUAUUCCACCAUUGCAGAACUUUUAGUCGGUCAUCCAAUGAAGAGCCACAAACCUCCAGAGACAGAUGAUCAAGGAAUCCUCAUGUGGGAUCUGGACACAGUCAGUCCUUUCCUUGGAGUCUCAGCCGACCUCCGAACAGUUGAGAGAAUGAAAAUUCAGGUGGUCUAUUCCGACAGUGACAGCCGCUUUGAUGAAGCUCCGCAGGUCCUCUCCACGCGGUGCUUCUCCACUGGUAUCCACGUCUGGGAGGUGGAGGCUGAGGGACACUGGGAUAUCGCUGUGUCCUACAAGAACAUCCAACGCAAAAGCAAGGACAGCAGCACCUUCGGAAAUAAUGCAGAGUCCUGGAGCCUUACACACAAUGGCAAAGGCGAGCUGUUUGCUCAUCAUAAUAAAAUAAAAACUGUUCUCCCUGGACCCUUGCAAAGCAGUCGAAUAGCAGUGAUGGUUAAUUUUGAGAAGGGCAACAUCACGUUUAGUGCUGUGGAGCCUACAAUCACACAGCUACAUGAGUUCAAGGCUGAACUGGCUCAGCCGGUGUGCCUGGGAUUGGGGCUUCACCGUGAGGAUCCACCUAGCAGAGCCUCUAUUGUCAAAGCUACAUGAAAAUCCUACAAACUGUCACAAUAAUCAGCUAACACAGCAUCCAGACUGCCUUAUAUGUAGCUGGUAAUCAAGGAGAACUAACUUGACUUGCACUAAAAAGUGGAGGGGUCUGAAAGGAAAGACCUGAAUAUGUCACUGCCAAAAAAUGAAACCUUUGCCUCAGGAAUAUGUUUUUGUAUUUCAA